AGAGAAAAACAAGAGCAAGAAAGAGAGAGAGAUAGAUACAUACAUAUAUACAACCACUGCACACAGCUAUUUCUUCGUCACAUUAUUACAUUACAAUAUAUAUAAAAGAAAAUGCAAAUAUGAUAAAAUAAGAGAAGAAAGGUGAGAACUUUUGAGUAGAAAGAGAAGCGCAGAGAGAGAAAGCAGCAAAGAAAGUGAAAGAGAGAGAGAGAGAGAGAGAGAGAAAAGAGGUGGAAAUUGGAGCCUGCAAAAGGGGUUUGAGAAGAAGAAGAAGAGGAGAAAGAAAAGCUGGGUAAAGGAGGGAACAAGAAAGGUGCCAUCUGUGUGAUCACUUCAAAAGGUUAAAGAUUUUAUUAUCUUUUGACUUUUGUUGUUGAGGGAGUCGCCAUUCUUCGCUUGAUUCUCUUUUCCGGCAAGAUGAGGCUCCUGUGAGAACUCCGGCCAUUUUAUGAGCUGGAAAUAAGGGAGUUCCUGGAGGCAGCAGGAGAUAAAGAAGAGAAAUGAAGACGCCGACCACCGGGGUCGGAACUCAGCCCGCGAACGCCUCCGCCACCGCCGCUGAAGUUGAGAAGAAGAGUAUAAACAGUGAGCUAUGGCAAGCGUGCGCCGGCCCUCUGGUGAACCUGCCGGCCGCUGGGACCCACGUCGUCUACUUCCCACAAGGCCACAGUGAACAGGUUGCUGCGUCUAUGAAAAAGGAUAUAGAUGCUCAAAUACCAAACUAUCCGAAUCUUCCAUCAAAACUACUGUGCCUCCUUCACAAUGUCACUUUGCAUGCUGAUCCAGAGACAGAUGAAGUAUAUGCCCAAAUGACGCUGCAGCCGGUGCCUUCGUUUGACAAGGAUGCUUUACUGAGGUCAGAUCUAUCAAUUAAAGCAAAUAAACCACAAACGGAGUUUUUCUGUAAAACCUUGACUGCAAGUGAUACUAGCACUCAUGGGGGGUUUUCUGUCCCUCGACGAGCUGCAGAAAAGAUUUUCCCUCCACUGGACUUCACAAUGCAACCACCGGCACAAGAGCUUGUGGCCCGGGAUUUACACGAUAAUGUCUGGACAUUUCGCCAUAUUUAUCGGGGACAACCAAAGCGUCACUUGCUCACCACUGGGUGGAGCCUUUUCGUCAGUGGAAAAAGGUUAUUUGCAGGUGACUCGGUCUUAUUUAUCAGGGACGAAAAGCAGCAGCUUCUUUUGGGCAUUAGACGGGCUAACAGACAACCAACCAACUUGUCCUCAUCAGUGUUGUCAAGUGAUAGCAUGCAUAUUGGAAUUCUUGCUGCAGCUGCCCAUGCUGCUGCAAAUAAUAGCCCGUUCACUGUUUUUUACAAUCCAAGGGCUAGUCCAUCAGAAUUUGUCAUCCCGUUAGCCAAGUACUAUAAAGCAGUUUGCAGUAACCAAAUAUCUCUUGGCAUGCGCUUCCGCAUGAUGUUUGAAACUGAAGAAUCAGGGACAAGAAGAUAUAUGGGUACAAUAACUGGAAUCAGUGACUUGGAUCCAGUCAGAUGGAAGAACUCCCAAUGGCGCAACUUACAGGUUGGCUGGGAUGAGUCGACUGCUGGUGAAAGGCGUAAUCGUGUUUCCAUUUGGGAGAUCGAACCAGUAACUGCUCCAUUUUUCAUCUGCCCAACUCCACCUUUCUUCCGUUCAUGACGAUUCCUCUGAUCUAGACAACUUAUUCAGGAGGACAAUGCCAUGGCUUGGUGAUGACUUUGGCCUCAAAGACCCCCAAGCUCUGGCUGGCCUGAGCUUAGUCCAGUGGAUGAACAUGCAGCCAAACCCCUCUCUGGCUAACCAAAUGCAACCAAACUAUAUGAGUUCGUUAUCUAGUUCUGUUCUGCAAAACCUUGCCGGUACAGAUAUUUCACGGCAAUUAUGCUUGCCUGGAACUCAACUUCCUCAGCAGAACAACUUACAGUUCAAUGCGCAGAGGCCAACCCAACCAGUACAACAGCUCGAUCAACUCCAAAAGCUGCCAUCUUCUUCAUUGAACCCAUUAGGCUCAAUUAUACAGCCGCAACAGCAGUUGACUGAUAUUAGUCAACCGCCAAGACAGAACUUAGUCAGCCAAACUUUACAGACUGGCCAAGUUCCGCCUCAGGUCUUGCAGUCACAGACUCCUGUCCAAGCUCAAAAUUUUCUUCAGCAGCAACAGUCUCUUCUAAACCAUCAACUUCAGAGAAAUCUUGCACAAAAUCUGCCUCAGCAGCAGCAACAACAACAGCAACAGCAGAUUCUGAGCCACCCUCAACAGCAAAAUCUAAUUCCGUCUCAGCCCUCUGAUAUCAUAAACCAACAAUUGCAUGUUUCAGAGAACCAAAUACAGCUUCAACUUUUACAGAAGCUCCAUCAACAGCAGCAAUCACUGUUGGCACAGCAGUCGGCAAUGCAACAGCCAACUCAACUGACACAACUCCAAGAUCACCAGAAGCAGCUUUUAGAUGUCCAACCAAACUUCUCCAGGUCUAUGUCGACGAACCAAAUGUUGGAGACAUCUCAAGGAACAUCGAGUAUGCUCCCUCAGUCGCAUGUUCUUGCUCAGCAGAUGACAAGAAAUAAUAGCCAAACGAACCUCCGGUUUGCGCAACCACCUCAGCAACCAAAACUUCAACAACAGCAGCAGCAAUCUGGGAUACUACCAGAGUUGCCUGGACAUAUGGGGCCUACUUUAAAUCCAAUUAACAAUCAGCCUUCUGUUGGUGGUAGCAGUUUAUUGACUGGAGCUGCUGGUGGAGGUCAAUCUGCAGUUACUGACGAUGUUCCGUCUUGUUCGACUUCACCAUCCACAAACAACAGUCCAAAUGCAGUCCAGUCAAUAAUGAAUAGCAGAAACCACCGAGCUGCAUUAGUAGGUGAUGAGAUUGCUCAGUCUUCUGCCACUCUGUUAAAUCCAAAUGGUUUAGAGACACUGUCUUCUAGUGGUAAUUUAAUUAAAGAUUUACAGCCAAAAGCUGAUGUUAAACCCUUGCUGAACGUGCCAAAAGACCAGAACCAAGGUUUUUUUGCUUCGCAAACAUACCUUAAUGCUACUGGAACCCAAGUGGAUUAUUUGGAUAGUUCAUCAUCGGCAACAUCAGUUCUUUCUCAGAAUGAUGUACAGAUACCUCCGAACAACAACUCCAUGUCAUUCAAUUCUCAAUCGAUGCUGUUUAGAGAUGCAAGCCAGGAUGGCGAAGUACAGGGCGAUCCAAGGGGCAACGUAGCUUUCGGAGCUAACAUUGACAACCAGUUGGGGAUGCCCAUGAUGCCUGAGCCAUUGAUGACAAAGGACAUGGUGGGAUCAGGUAAAGAUUUCACAAAUAAUCUCUCGUCUGGAGGAGGCAUGCUUUCUAGCUAUGAGAACCCCAAGGAGGCUCAACCCGAACUCUCGUCAUCUAUGGUUUCCCAAUCAUUUGGAGUUCCAGAUAUGACGUUCAACUCCAUUGAUUCCACUAUAAACGAUGGUAGCUUCAUGAAUAGAGGUGCUUGGGCUCCACCACAGAUGCCAAGGAUGCGGACGUAUACAAAGGUGUACAAACGGGGAGCUGUUGGAAGAUCAAUUGACAUUGCACGCUACUCAGGCUAUGAUGAGCUUAAACAAGAUCUGGCUCGAAGAUUUGGUAUAGAGGGACAACUUGAGGACCGACAGAGAAUAGGAUGGAAACUUGUUUACGUGGAUCAUGAGAAUGACGUCUUGCUAGUUGGUGAUGAUCCUUGGGAGGAAUUUGUGACCUGUGUUCGUUGCAUAAAGAUCCUUUCUCCUCAGGAGGUCCAGCAAAUGAGCUUGGAUGGAGAUUUUGGAAAUAGCGUCCUUCCAAACCAAGCUUGCAGCAGCUCCGAUAAUGGCGUGAAUUAGUUGGAUAAAGCUUUUAACCUGUUUGUCCACAUGGAAAGCUUAUCCAACAGCACAUUGGCGGAGUUCCGUUGCUCGAUACCACUAGUGUGGCAAGAGUCUAGCAUCCCAAGUUCUGAUUUCCUGUCCACUUGCUGUGAUGGAAUGAAAGAGCAGACAUAGUAGUGACUCAUCGCCAGGACCAAAGCCGGUAGUUGCUUAUUAGAAGUAGAGAAGAGGGCAAAGCAUCUAAUUCCUGUUCUUUUUUUCAGGCCUAGGAGCCCACCGUGUAUCUUAGUCCAAGCCGGUAAAUGUAGAAAUAGAUCCAAGCCUCUGCAUUUCUCCGUCUUUGUUUCACGUAAAAACCUCUUUCUGUAGAAAUUAAGAGCUUAAGUUCUGUAUGCAUGAUAUAGUUUCCAAUUGUAUAGAUGUUUAGAUAUUUCAGUUAACUUUUCGAUGACAUCUUAACAUAUUAA